GCCCCCCCCCCCCCCCGACGAAGGGGAAUUCAUCGAGCGGCUUCGAGGGGCUGCAUUGCAGACCCAGACGCGCCAGCAGACAAAAGCGACGCUGCGACGCCCGCGGCUUCCCAGCACAAAGAGCCCGGCCGGCACCGAGUCCGUCCAUCCCUCUGUCCAUCCUCGCCAGCCCGAAAAUGCUGGACACCAUCAGCAGCCAGUACGAUUCCUUCAUCUACUGGAGGAUGCCGAUCCCACGGCUGGAUGUGGCAGAGCUGGAGGGGCUGGGGCUCAGCGACAUGGCCCUCUACAAACCCAAAGGAGGGCUGGGCAAGCUCGUCGGCGAGCGGGAUCGGGACAGCCAGGACAUCUCCGAAGAAGAGGACAAUCUGCUGCAGUUCAAUAGCUUUAAUUUCUGGAGAGCCCCUAUCGCCAGAAUUAGCUCAUUAGAUUUCGAUCUAAUUUGAAGUCCUUCUCUCUGCUCUUCUUCACCCCCUCUGCCCUCUCCCUCUCUGCUAGGCAUGCCAAGAUUUGGUUUUGUUGUCCGUUUGGAGGUUGUUUUUUGUGUUUCUGGGCAGUUCUUGACAUCACUAAUUAACUCAGCAGUUCACCCUGGCCCUGAUGGUGAUGGGCUCCCCACAAAGCUUCACCCUCUCUCUACCUUCCCCCUCUUUUCUUCCCUUCUUGAGUCAGUGCUGGAAAUACCACGACGGUGCAAGCAGGGGGUAACAGCACAGGGGGCAAAUAGGAGGGGAGAGGGCAGAAGCAGACAACCCAUUGCCCCACGUCUGCAAUGCCAGCAGGUGCGGGAGGUGCUGGGGGCUCCUGCCACCCCCCCGCAUCCUGUGGCUGUGUGACCAUGGGCAUCCCCGUGCUCUGGGACGAGCGGUUCAGCUCAUUUCUCGUGUGCUUUUUUAAGAAACUCAUUUGUGCAAAGAGAACGGCGCAGGACUGAUGGGAAUCGUCUUUGUUUUGCAGAAAGCACUGUCCCAGCUCUUCUCCCAGGGACGCAGAGACCCUCUGUGCUCCCCUGGCCCAGUUUCUCCAAAAGCCGCUUCGCUCCUUAUUCCUCCCAUCGGGAAUGCAAGGUGUAAGAGGCAGGUUUGUGCUCGGAUCUCGGGCACAUUUCUUUCUUAAAAGAAAUCAUCUCUUUGAGCCUUGUGGCUUUGAGCCCAAGCAGGAGAAAUGAUGGCCAGGAGGGUAAAUACACAUGGAAAUGCUCUGACUUUGCUUGGUGGGAUCCAGGCUGGAUGUUCAGGGCCAGAAAUUUUAUUUUUUUCUUCUUUUUUUAUCCCCCAUGUGCUUUAUCCCAGGCAUGACUCCUGAGUGGGACAGAGGCUGGGCGCAUCGUGGGGUCCAGAUGGGUAACGCAGGCUGAACUGAAAGAAAGAUAAGAUGGAGAAUUUAGUUUGAUCUUACCCCAAAAUGAAAAUGUUUCUGGUUCCCCACCCAAUUAAUCAAUUGCUUUAAAAAUAAUAACCGAAGAUGCUGCAUGCACUCAAGUGGAAGCCUUGCAUUUUUCUUGUGGAGGUUUUCACCUGUGCUCUCCGUGGGUUGAGGUUUAUUUCUGAGCAUCAUCUCAAAAUGGGGGAAAAAAUAUCCCAACCCCAAUCAUUUUUGGCUUGUAAACAUGUAUUUUUUGCCAAAGUUGUUUUCUGGGAGAGGGAACACAACUGGUUUGUCUUCUUCAAUGUACUUUUUUUAGGUUUAAUUGGGGUGAAGUUGUGAUGUGGAACAUCCUGAAACUGUCCUGAGAGGUGGGGGGGGCACAUGGCCAGGGGAAGGCUGAAGCAGCAUUUAAAAAGCACCCCAAAAAAAGAAGGAAAUAUUGGAAAAAAUCUACACUCUAUUAUGACAAAGGAGCACAGCUCUCCUGCAACAUCCAGAAAUGACCCAGCCUGCUGACUUUGAACCACCUGUGUAAAACUAGAGGUGAAAAAUGUAAACUCUCCAAUGCAGAGCUGUUUGAUUUCUGUGUUCCCAGCUGGGAAAACACGCAGAAGUAUUUAUUAUGAAACUCUAAAUAAAAUGAUUUAAAACCAUA